AUGAUUUUCUCACGCCUCAUCUCGCUCAUUCUGCGAGUUUCACAAUUUGUAUUUGCAGCCAUCGUUCUUGGCCUGACUGCCUACUUUGUCUACAAGAUUGAAAACCCAGAUCGUGGACCGCGGGGCCGUCGUGACCGUCGUGACCGUUGGGAUGACGAUGACCGGGACCCUCUUGGUCGACUGAUAUUUGCUCUUGUGUGGUCGUCUCUUUCUAUCAUCUUCGCUGUUAUUUGGGCUAUUCCCACGACGUUUGCUAUGAAGGGAUUUAUUUCCGAUUUCAUCUUCACAGCAGGUUGGGCUGCUGUCUUCGGACUCCUCGUCGACUGGUUCAACGACGCCAACUGCGGUAGCCCAUGGGCAUGGGGCGGUUUGUCACUGAGGCGCGGUGAUACCUGCGGCCAAUGGCGUGCUGCCCAGGCUUUCUCUUUCUUGUCCUUGAUCACCUGGUUUGCAACUGGCAUCCUCGGCAUUAUUAUGGUGCUCCGCCUGAGACGCCGCGCGGCAGCAGCGUAA